AGGCAGCAGCGGGGCUCCCCCCCCCCCCCACCCCGGACCGCUCCGGCUCCCGCCUCCCUUCCGGCGGCGGCUCCUUCCCUGCGCCGGGGGCGGACGGGGCGGACCGGAGCCGCGCCGAGCCGAGCCGAGCCAGGCCCCGCUCUCCCUGCGAUGCCCACCCGCCCCCGCGAGGCCCUCGCCGCGCUGCGUUAGGUGCCGAAGCCCGCGGACGCCCGGCGCUGCACGCACCAAGGUGGCCCUGGUCGGCGAGCACGGACGGCAGUGGAUGAGCGCUGGGCACCGGCCUAGCCGCACGCGCACACCGGCACCAUGGACUUCGUCAUGAAGCAAGCGCUGGGCGGGGCCACCAAGGACAUGGGGAAGAUGCUGGGGGGCGAGGAGGAGAAGGACCCCGACGCGCAGAAGAAGGAGGAGGAGAGGCAGGAAGCGCUGCGCCAGCAGGAGGAGGAGCGGAAAGCCAAGCACGCCCGCAUGGAGGCCGAGCGGGAGAAAGUCCGGCAGCAGAUCCGCGACAAGUACGGGCUGAAGAAGAAGGAGGAGAAGGAGGCGGAGGAGAAAGCAGCGCUGGAGCAGCCGUGUGAGGGCAGCCUGACGCGCCCCAAGAAAGCGAUCCCGGCGGGCUGCGGGGACGAGGAAGAGGAGGAGGAGGAGAGCAUCCUGGACACCGUGCUCAAGUACCUGCCCGGCCCGCUGCAGGAUAUGUUCAAGAAGUAACGGCACCGCCAACCCUGCCGUGGGGUGCUGGGGCACAGGCGCCCUCCUCCCUCCGACUCCUCCAUCGGUUCCCUUGGCCCCGGGGGCGUCCCCGUACCCCCUCCCCACCUCCCUCCGCCCCGUCCCCCGACCAGACCAAACACCCGCCCCGUCCCGUCCAGGCAGGGCCCCCCCCCGACCACGUCGUGCCAAAGGGGAGCUUCCCUGGCCGGACAGGGCGAUCCGGGACCAAAUGCACUGAUGUAACCUCGCGGCAGGCUGGGGGCACCCCAGGCCCCACCGGACCCCGGGGCGGCUCCCCGUGCCCCCGGCCCUGCCUCUCUGCCCACGCCGCCUCCGUCCUGCCCUCCCUCCCUCCCACCCGCCUGCCCGCCCGCCGGGGGGCCCGGGCAGGCCUCCGUGCGCCCGCCCUCGUCCCCGGCACUGCCACCCUGCCCCAUCCCACCCUGGGCCAAGCCCAAAGCACAAAGCCAGGCGCCCUGCCCGCAGCUCCCCCAUCCCCGGUCCCCGGGCACGGGGGUCCCCCGGGGCUGCCCGGUGUGCCCCAGCAUCGGGGGGUUGGAGGGGACCCCCCCCCCCCUUCCCCGCAUCUCUGGCCCCAUAGUUAAAGCCAUAUCAGUUAGACUGCAAUACUUCAGCACCGGGAGGAGCGGGCGCCGCGCUCCGCCGACCGUGUACAAAGGCGCGUGCGGGGCAGGGACCCCCCCCCUGCCUCGUCCCCCCCGCCCCGUCCCCGCUGUCCCCCCACCGCUCGCUCGUCCGCGUCUCGGCCCCGCUGCCCCCCCCCCCCCCCCGCCCCGUUCUCGUAUUGGUGUCUGUGUGCCAGGGUGCUCCCCCGUUGCUCCAUGCGUCCUCGUGUCCGCUGCUCACGCCUCGACCCCACCCCGAGCCCCGCCGUCCCCGGGGGGCCGCCCGCGGCGCUGAGCCGAGAGCCCCGUGCCCGCGGGCUGCAAUAAACCCAGCGCGGGGCUGAGGGCUGCCCCCCACCCCGGCGCUGGACACACACGGGUCCCCCGGGCCUGGGAAGGGACCCCGGGCGAGGCAGCCCGGGUACGUCCCAGGAGCCACCGCUCGCGCCCCGACGGGAGGGACGGGGGGCACGCCACCGCCCCGGCCCGUCCCUUGCCGUGCUGCCACCCCCCCGACCCCCCCGUGCUUCCUCUGCCACAGCCCCCAGCCGCUCGCCCCGGCCCUUGCAGGGAGGCGGAGGGCGGCUCGGGGGCCCCGCAGUCAUGCUGUGACCAUCCUGCUCGAACUAGUCUUUGACAAACUAAUAAAAUAAAGGGAUUUGUACAUUG